CCCUUUCAUAAAUACGCCACCUGACGGUGGGCUUUUCGUCAGUUUCGAUUUGCAAAGGAUUCUGGGAUAUAAGCCGCCAUGUUUAGGUCAUGCGGUUGUGAGUCCGUGCGUGUGUCCGUGUAGUGUAUCCGUGCGUGGUGCCAGCCGGCUGCAAUCUCGCUGUCUCCGGAAGCCCCGUAAAUGUAUGCGAUCGUGCCUUGCUUUGCAAAGACAGUGCAACUGAUUUCGGCGCCGUAAUGAGCGGCGUCAAUUACCCUUCGACGGGAUGGACGAACGAUUUGGCGCGGCUGCCGCGGCUGUUGAACUCCGAGUUGAAUCGGCUGGCGUCGUCCUCGGGGUCGAAGAAUAAAGCUCGUCGGAGCUACAAGCUGCUGACGGAAAGUUACGUCGUAGCCUCAACUAUAAGUGCCUGCUACGACCAAGAAAUGCAGUCCAUGUUCUUCAUACGGGCGAGAUGCUUCCGGAGCCAGAAGAAAACCCAGGCGCCAUAUCUUGUUCACGUGACAAUGAGUAGAGACGGUAGGGUUCUUGGCGGCCACUGUGAAUGUCCAGCAGGAAGAAAAGCCUGCAGCCACUUACAAGCUGUCCUGCAAGUAAUUCUUUUGCUGCAAGAAAAGGGCUUCCAGGAAGCUCCAGCCCACUUGUCGUGCACAGAUUUGCCGCAAGUUUGGAGACGGCCUCGCACACAACAUGUGAAAGCAAGCAGCCUCCAAAGUGUGGACUGGAGAAGAGUGGAUGAGGGUGGCCGAGACAUGCCCUUGCCAUGUCGAUUAUACAUAGAAAAAUUCAAACAGCGCAGUGCAGACGAGAAGAGGAGUGAUGCCCUGCUUUUUGCAUGUGGCUUGGCCAAGGUUGGAGCGGACAGUGCAUUGGUAGCAGUGCUAUCUGCUGCAGACCGUGCACCAAUGUGCAUUACUAAGUGUGGGACAGUUUUUCAUGGGUCACCACUGGCAUACCACCAUCCUCUUGCUCCACAUGGAUUUAGAGUUUUUCUAUGCAAGACACUUGAAAGAGGCUUUAACUCAAGUGUGCCCCCGCGCCUGCCUGAAGAGAUGGUAUCAUUCACUGACAGCACAUCAUGGGCUAUCCCAGGUGACUUCGAUGAAAAUAAACAGCUCAUCUUGAAGAAAAUUGUGCUCACAUCUGUUGAAGCACAGUUGUUGGAGAGGAACUCCCGAAGGCAACGGAAAAGCUUGACUUGGUGCCAAGAAAGGAAGUACCGGCUCACAGCAUCUAACUUUGGCACCGUACUAUUGCGGAGACAAUGGACAUAUAAAGGUCUUGGCCACCUAACUUCAUCAAAGGACCUAUCCAGGGUUCCUGCUGUCAGGUAUGGCAUAGCCAACGAGGCAAAGGCAUUACAGCGGUACGAAGAAGCAUUGAGAAACACAGGCCGGGAUGUCCAACUUCAGUGCACCGGGCUUUUUGUUAACCCCGAGUAUCCAUGGCUUGGCGCAUCACCAGAUGCCAAUGUCUACGAUCCAUCUGAAGAUCCACCAUGGGGAUGCGUCGAAGUGAAGUUCCCGUAUAGCUUAAAGGAUGCUGACUCUGAGAAACUUUUGACUGCCAGGGACACUUGUGUAGAUUUCGACAAUCUGCAGCACCCUUCUUUAAAGAUAGAGCAUCCAUACUUUGCCCAAGUGAUAGGUCAAAUGGGUGUAACAGAGUUAACAUGGGCAGAUUUUGUCAUUUAUUCGGAUAACUUCGUGUGUGUGCAAAGAAUCAAGUUUGAGGAGAAUGUUUGGGAACAAAUGAGAGUCAAGCUAGAUGAAUUUUACUUUAUGACCCUUCUGCCAUACUAUGGCAAGAAAAUGUAGUCUCUUUGCCCAGUAGUACAUAUAGUAAAUUUUGAGAGCGAAUAAAAUAGUAGCAGAAGUGAAUCGCAGCAAAAUUGGGUAUCCACAGCGCUUAUGUCUGUGUAAUGCACUGCCUGCAGAAAGGGUUCAAGAAUAUUGUGAGCCAGCUAUGCACUUUUCUUGAACAUCUUAAAAUGAAUGGUAGGGUGCAGCAGCAUAUAAACUGAUUCAGACGGUGCUUGGCAAUCACACUGAUCCAACAACUCAAAUAACCGUGACUUGGCAUGCCCUUCACGACAACUAGCGUAUUGUUUGAUCAUUUCACAAGCUGCAAUGAUUCAAGGUAUAUUGCCAAGUCCAUCAUACUUUUAAAAUCAGCUUAAACUCCACAAUACUAACACCAUAACAGAAUGUU